ACCUGGAGACCCCUGUGUGACCAGAGACUGGAGACCCUGUGUGAUCAGAGACCUGGAGACCCCUGUUUGAUCAGAGACCUGGAGACCCCGUGUGAUCAGAGACUGGAGACCCUGUUUGAUCAGAGAGACCUGGAGACCCUGUGUGAUCAGAGACCUGGAGACCCUUCUGUGACCAGAGACCUGGAGAACCCUGUGUUGAUCAGAGACCUGGAGACCCUGUUUGAUCAGAGACCUGGAGACCCUGUGUGAUCAGAGACCUGGAGACCCUGUUUGAUCAGAGACCUGGAGACCCUGUUUGAUCAGAGACCUGGAGACCCUGUGUGACCAGAGACCUGGAGACCCUGUUUGAUCAGAGACCUGGAGACCCUGUGUGAUCAGAGACCUGGAGACCCCCUGUGGUGAUCAGAGACCUGGCAGGACCCCUGUUUGAUCAGAGACCUGGAGACCUGUGUGAUCAGAGACUGAGACCCUGGUUGAUUCAGAGACCUGGAGACCCUGUGUGAUCAGAGACCUGGAGACCCUGUGUGAUCAGAGACCUGGAGACCCUGUGUGAUCAGAGACCUGGAGACCCUGUGUGAUCAGAGACCUGGAGACCCUGUGUGAUCAGAGACCUGGAGACCCUGUUUGAUCAGAGACCUGGAGAUCCUGUGUGCUUUACACACACUGAUGAAUGUUGUUCUGAUUAUAGACUAGAUGGGCUCAGAUAGUAGAUGUUCUGUAUUGAUGGCACUCAUUCUGCAGAGAAAAACAUUAGUCAAACUCAUUAUAGUGCCCAGACCCUUGACUCCCUCCCCCUGGUGCGUUACAUUAACUAAUGAAUGUUGUAAUGAUUUUUUAUUUUACCUUUAUUUAACUAGGCAAAUCAGUUAAGAACAAAUUCUUAUUUACAAUGACGCCCUAACCCGGACGACGCUGGGCCAAUUGUGCGCCGCCCUAUGGUACUCCCAAUCACGGCCGGUUGUGAUACAGCCUGGAAUCGAACCAGGGGGUCUGUAGUGACGCCUCAAGCGCUGAGUUGCAGUGCCUUAGACCGCUGCGCCACUCGGGAGCCCUGAUAUUGAGGAGCUACGGCUUUUCUUUGUAGAGGUGUACUCUAGAUUUGUCUUUCCAUUAAAAAUGUUUCAUUCCGCCGUCACAAGAUUGAUGGUGCUCAUUCUGUCCAAAUAAAUAUUGAAAUGUGAUGUAACCAUUACAAUAUGUAGCUGUUAAUCAUUUAACCUUCAAUUGAAGUCGAAAGUUUUCACAAUUCCUGACAUUUAAUCCUAGUAAACAUUCCCUGUCUUAGGUCAGUUAGGAUCGCCACUUUAUUUUAAGAAUAUGAAAUGUCAGAAUAAUAGUAGAGAUAAUUAUUUCUUUCAGCUUUUAUUUCUUUCAUCACAUUCCCAGUGGGUCAGAAGUUUACAUACACUCAAUUAGUAUUUAGUAGCAUUGCCAUUAAAUGGUUUAACUUGGGGUAAAACGUUUCGGGUAGCCUUCCACAAGCUUCCCACAAUAAGUUGGUUGAAUUUUGGCCCAUUCCUCCUGACAGAGCUGGUGUAACUGAGUCAGGUUUGUAGGCCUCCUUGCUCGCACACACUUUUUAAGUUCUGCCCACAAAUGUUCUAUAGGAUAUAGGUCAGGGCUUUGUGAUGGCCACUCCAAUACCUUGACUUUGUUGUCCUUAAGCCAUUUUGCCACAACUUUGCAAGUAUGCUUGGGGUCAUUGUCCAUUUGGAAGACCCAUUUGCGACCAAGCUUUAACUUCCUGACUGAUGUCUUGAGAUGUUGCUUCAAUAUAUCCACAUAAUUUUCCUUCCUCAUGAUGCCAUCUAUUUUGUGAAGAGAACCAGUCUCUCCUGCAGCAAAGCACCCCCACAGCAUGAUGCUGCCACCCCCGUGCUUCAUGGUUGGGAUGGUGUUCUUCGGCUUGCAAAGGCCCCCUGUUUCCUCCAAACAUAACGAUGAUCAUUAUGGCCAAACAGUUCUAUUUUUGUUUCAUCAGACCAGAGGACAUUUCUCCAAAAAGUACGAUUUUUGUCCCCAUGUGCAGUUGCAAACCAUAGUCUGGCUUUUUUAUGGCGGUUUUGGAGCAGUGGCUUCUUCCUUGCUGAGCGGCCUUUCAGGUUAUGUCGAUAUAGGACUCGUUUUACUGUGGAGGUCCUUUGCUGUUGUUCUGGGAUUGAUUUACACUUUUCACACCAAAGUACCUUCAUCUCCAGGAGACAACGGUCUCCUUCCUGAGCGGUAUGAAGUGGUGGUCCCAUGUGUUUAUACUUGCGUACUAUGUUUUACGUAAGAACGGUACAUUCAGCUGUUGGAAAUUGCUCCCAAGGAUGAACAGAUUGUGGAGGUCUAACAUUUGGACUAUUUCUUUUGAUUUCCCAUGACGUCAAGCAAAGAGGCAUGAGUUGAAGGGAGGCUUGAAUAAACCACAGUACACUCAUUGACUCAAAUGAAGUCAAUUAGCCUAUUAGCUUCUAAAGCCAUGACAUGGAAUUUUCCAAGCUGUUUAAAGGCACAGUCAACUUAGUGUAUGUAAACUUCUGACCCACUGAAAUUGUGAUACAGUGAAUUAUAAGUGAAAUAAUCUAUUUGUAAACAAUUAUUGGAAAAAUUACUUGUGUCAUGCACAAAGUAGAUGUCCUAACCGACUUGCUAAAACUAUAGUUUGUUAAAAAGAAAUUAGUGGAGUGGUUGAAAAACGAGUUUUAAUGACUCCAACCAACCUAAGUGUAUGUAAACUUCCGACUUCAACUGUAACUGUCUUCAGUGUGAUGUAGUCAUUAGAACAGUGGUCACCAACCUUUUCUGAGUCAAGAUCACUUCCUGAGUCAGAAUGCAAGCCGAGAUCUACCGCUCUGAUAUAUAUAUAUUUUAAAGACGUAAGCCUAUGCAACAUUAACCAAUUAAAAACGGUAUUGUAGCAAUGAGGUUUGUGCACUAGGCUAUAGGCCCAAUACAUUAUCACUGCAUAUUGGCUACGCUUGAAUUGCACUGCCAAUGUUGUUCUUCUCAGACCAUUCUGAAAUUAUAUAUUUUUUAAAACGUUAAGGUAUAUGAUCACACUGGUAAUAGAUCAUUUGUUGUAUUACUUGUGAGGCACAGCUGUUGGUGAAACUUAAUUAGAACUGCAUUACUUCUGCCUCAUGCACCGAUUCAUGUUGUUACUCCUAUGACCAGAGAAAGUGAAAUAUUCCUUCGAAAUUAAAAACAGACAAAAGAUGCAAAUAAUAACAACGCUAGCUUAUCGGAACACUUUGCUACACUCAUUCAAUGCAGCUGCAGUGCUGGUUGUAGCGUGAGUGGAAGUAGGGAGAACGCAUUUUAUGGCUUAUAAAACAGUUGAACAAAGUGUUGACAGUGCUGAAUAACAACUUAAACUUACUCAUAUAAACAGCAGCUCUUUGCUGUAUUUGUUGAGUCUCUCUCUAGUUGUGGUUUUAAAUGUUUUGAAAUCUCACAUGAUCAACUUUGCUGUGCGUUCGCGGUUUCUUUUUACCAGUCUAAAAGGCUCUGCACUGACACGGCCUCUGCAGAUGUCAGGGUGUUCAUUAUUUUUGCGCUUCACGGAGCAGAAUGAAGCUGUUGUGAAGGAAGUUGUCAAGGAAGUGAGUUUGUGUUUAUACAGGACGUCCCGCCCCCACCUACCAUUCAACCAAUCAUGUUAUAGCUAUACGGAACUAUACGGAGCCCUCUGCAUUGUUAGAAAAUUUGGGAGGCGCACGGCGAUGCGGUACGGAGCUCAAUUUGGCCUCCGCAAUUGCGUCCCUCCCGAGGAACCUGCGCAGACACGGUGAUCUGAGCUAUCUGACUGGCCAGCAGUAGGUCUAUUUUUAUUUUUUUAUUUUUUAUGUAGAAAAUAGUAAAAGUAAAGAAAAACCCUUGAAUGAUGUAGCCGUUAGAAGAUGUAGCUGUCUUCAGGGUGAUGUAGCCAUUAGAAGAUGUAGCUGUCUUCAGUGUGAUGGAGCCAUUAGAAGAUGUAGCUGUCUUCAGGGUGAUGUAGCCAUUAGAAGAUGUAGCUGUCUUCAGUGUGAUGUAGCCGUUAGAAGAUGUAGCUGUCUUCAGUGUGAUGUAGCCGUUAGAAGAUGUAGCUGUCUUCAGUGUGAUGUAGCCAUUAGAAGAUGUAUCUGUCUUCAGUGUGAUGGAGCCGUUAGAAGAUGUAGCUGUCUUCAGUGUGAUGUAGCCAUUAGAAGAUGUAGCUGUCUUCAGGGUGAUGUAGCUGUCUUCAGUGUGAUAUAGCCAUUAGAAGAUGUAUCUGUCUUCAGUGUGAUGUAGCCAUUAGAAGCUGUAGCUGUCUUCAGUGUGAUGUAGCCGUUAGAAGAUGUAGCUGUCUUCAGGGUGAUGGAGCCAUUAGAAGAUGUAGCUGUCUUCAGGGUGAUGUAGCCGUUAGAAGAUGUAGCUGUCUUCAGGGUGAUGGAGCCAUUAGAAGAUGUAUCUGUCUUCAGUGUGAUGUAGCCAUUAGAAGCUGUAGCUGUCUUCAGUGUGAUGUAGCCGUUAGAAGAUGUAGCUGUCUUCAGGGUGAUGGAGCCAUUAGAAGAUGUAGCUGUCUUCAGGGUGAUGUAGCCGUUAGAAGAUGUAGCUGUCUUCAGGGUGAUGGAGCCAUUAGAAGAUGUAUCUGUCUUCAGUGUGAUGUAGCCUUUAGAAGAUGUAGCUGUCUUCAGUGUGAUGGAGCCGUUAGAAGAUGUAGCUGUCUUCAGUGUGAUGUAGCCGUUAGAAGAUGUAGCUGUCUUCAGUGUGAUGGAGCCGUUAGUCAUCUAGCUACUCAUUAAAACAUGUAUGAUGCUCAUCAUCAAACUGGUGUUGAUUAGGAUGUGACCAACUGAGUAUGGAGGUCGACAAACAUCACUGUAAACAAUCAGCACGUCUGAAAAUUGGCAGUUUUCAUAUUCCCUCGUAUAGUCUGGGGCUGCAUUCCAAAUGGCACCCUUUUUUCCUGUAUAGUGCACUACUUUGGACAAGGGCCCUGAUCAAAAGUAGUGCACUGUGUAGGGAAUAGGGCACAAUUUGAGCUGGCCCUGUGACUGUGAGAAGACUCUAGGGUUAUCUGUCGUCCUCUCCCGUCCUCCUGCUCAACGUGAUAGCAGCUGGUUAAAUAUGUACCUUGCCGUCGAUGCCAUUCAGGCACUUAGUAUCUGCCAUCUCUACAGUCAGCCCUCCAACACAAAUCAAUCAGCUGUGCAGUACUUUGGAUGUAUUUACAAUGCUAACACAAAACACAAUGAUAACCCGAUCCCAUACAGAGUUAUUGUGGGAGAUGAGCAGGAAAUCGGGUGAAUGCUCGGCCAGGGACUCUCAGUGGUGAAACUGAGUUUAAGGUCAGAAGCAGAGCGGACACCUGCCAUGAUUCUCUUCUGUAAACAGUUUAACUGGACGGGUGGAUGCUGCUGAGGGGAGGACGGCUCAUAAUAAUGUCUGGAAUGGAGUCAAUGGAAUGGCAUCAAACACAUGGAAAACACGUAUUUGAUACAUUUCCAUUAUCUCCAUUCCAGACAUUAUUAUGAGCCGUCCUCCUCUCAGCAGCCUCCAACGAUAGACGUAGGUGUAUUCUCAAUCAUUUAAUAAUUCUUUAUCAUCCUAGAUUUGAUCGGAAAUCGAUGGCAACACAUGAAAAGAAUAGAAUACACAGAAUGUACAGUGAUAUAAAAAAGUCUGGUAGUUGUCAGGUGAGAUAUAAUGGAGAGCUGAUGGAAACAGGUGAGAUAUAAUGGAGAGCUGAUGGAAACAGGUGUGUGUUUCCAACCCUCUCUGGGCCUCCCUCCCCCAUCCCUGAUGGGCCUUGUGGCUGCAUAGUGGCUGAUGGCUGGGUAGAUGAUGGGCCUUGUGGCUGAUGGCUGGGUAGAGGAUGGGCCUUGUGGCUGCAUAGUGGCGGACGGCUGGGUAGAGGAUGGGCCUUGUGGCUGCAUAGUGGCUGAUGGCUGGGUAGAUGAUGGGCCUUGUGGCUGCAUAGUGGCUGAUGGCUGGGUAGAGGAUGGGCCUUGUGGUUGCAUAGUGGCUGAUGGCUGGGUAGAGGAUGGGCCUUGUGGCUGCAUAGUGGCGGACGGCUGGGUAGAGGAUGGGCCUUGUGGCUGCAUAGUGGCUGAUGACUGGGUAGAUGAUGGGCCUUGUGGC